AUGCAGCCGUUGGAAGAGCAAGAGGACCCGACGUUCGCGUCCGUGGCAGAACCCGCGCCGCUGCAGCGGCCCCAUUGCGACCAAUGCCUCGUCGCUAUUGCCGACUACGAGUGCGAACGCUGUGAUCAGCGCUUCUGCCGACAGUGCGAGCUGACGAUUCACCACCGACUUGAAGAUUUAGCGCUGAAGUGUGAAGAGAGCAAAAGCGACGGCCGACCACAUCAGGAAUUUCUCAAGUGGAUCAGCGCUUGUCAGGAGUGUGGUGAGAAUACGCUGGAGUUCUUUUGUCUCAAUUGCAGCAUGUACCAGUGCGAGAACUGCUGCGCAUCGAAGCAUCGACAGCUGGGGCCACAUUUCUUCUUUUGCGUCGAAGGCUCGUCACCGAAAAUGUUUCCAUUUGCUAGCUGGAACUUGAUGUUUGCGGAAACAGUCAAGAUGAGUAAGGGUGACUUACAGGACAGAGCUGCAGCCACAGAAGCGGCGGUAGCCGUGGCUCAGCAACCUAUGAAGGAUAAGACAAGCACGAAGCCUAGCAGCUCAGCAUCCGCGCAUGUUAAAACAGAGCAAGCCGUUGCAGCGUCGGCGACCGGCGACACAACUAUGGCACUAGAGAAUUUGGUCAUCGACGAAUCUGCUGCCCCUAAAGAUGCACCGCAACCUGCAGUUGAACAAGUCAAGAUCAAAGCGAACCAAUCGAUAAGCGCAUUUACGUCAUCAAUCGUCGAUCUGACACUUGACGACAGAGGUGAAGCUAGUCCUACUAGCGCGUCCUCUCGGGAACUGACUCAGCCGCAGAUUAAGGAAGAGAUACGGAUCAAAGCCGAAAAUGCGUGGUUGAACUCAGCCACAGCUGUUCACGAUAACCUGGCCUUUAACAUUGACGAAUUGAUGGAAAAAACAAUGGGAGAAGACGAAGACCCGAUCCUGCGGUCAAUGAUCAGCGAAUACAAUCAGCUUAGUGCGAAGAUCUUCGAUAUUGACCAGGAAGCUGACAGUGUUCGCAAGAAGACGAAAGAGCUGUCGAGCACACAGCCGUUUGAUAUGCAGGAGGUUACGAAGGCUCGCGUAUUGGCAAAUAAACUACGCAAGGAUAAAGCUGAGUCGGAGAAGGCUCGAGACGGAGUAGUGGCCAAUGUCGUCUAUUAUCUAAAGUCUGACCCGGACGACCUCAAACAGUUCCUGGCAACCUGCACCGCAGAAGUCUCGUAUGCGCAAACUGCGUGUCACCGCAAAUGCGCCACACUGGAGGCGACCAUUCGCCAAAACUUGGAGAACAUUCGAAGAAUCCAGCGUGAUAUGGAGGAGUUGAUCAACAUGAAAAAGGACGCGUUCGCAGAGGUUACACGUCUUGGGGCUGGCAUUGCUCAAGGAGAGGAAGAAGUUCGCAAAUUGGACAGGCAGCGGCAGGACGAGUUUUUGCGUUUGUGCCAAUUUAGCAAGUCGAUUCAAACUGCUGUGCAGGAGAUGGCCGCAUGCGCUCAAUAA